CCCAGAGAAGCUCACAGCAGGGUCCAGAGGUGGUCUCAGUGAAGCUGGAGGACUGCAGUCAAACACUGGAAGUCAAUGUGAUUGUCAAAGAAGAAGAAGAGGAGAGAGCUGUCACAGAGGAGGCAAUGGAGAGAGCAUUCAAAGAGGAGGCAAUGGAGAGAGCAUUCAAAGAGGAGGCAGAGGAGAGCGCAAUCAAAGAGGAAGAAAAGGAGGAGAGAGCCGUCACAGAGGAGGAGGAGGAGAGAGCCAUCACAGAGGCGACGGAGGAAAGACCACUCAAAGAGGAGGUGAAGGAGAGCGGAGUCAAAGAGGAGGAGAGUCCAAUCAAAGAAGAGAACAGGGAUGUGUCUUCUCCAGAUCUAGAAGAAGUAGAUAGUAUCACUGAUCCAGGAGAGAUCUCCAACCCAGGUUCAGACAGUGAGUCCAGUUCCACAGCAUCAGGAAACCUUAAACAACACAGACGGAGGAACUCAAGACAGAAACAUCACCACUGCAUGGACUGCUUCACUAGUUUMUAUGAWCCAGAGGAGUUGAGAAGRCACACUUGUAGGCCCCACCCCUGCUCAGAUUGCAGAGGCAGUUUUAUUUGUCAGAUUCACCUCAAAUCACACCAACAGACUCGCAGAAUAAAGAAGACUUACCCGUGUGAUCAAUGUGGGAAGAGCUUUCCGACACCAAACUAAUGAUGCACCAGAAAACACACAGGAGAGAGGCCUUACCACUGCUCCCAAUGUAGGACAAGUAAUUGAGUCUGUAAUUGAGCACAUCUAAAGCGACACCAGAGGAUAAUACACCAGGGAGAGAAGCCUUACCACUGCUCUGUGUGAUAAGCGCUUCAGUCAGGCAGGACACCUGAAGACACACCAGCGAACUCACACAGGAGAGAAGCCUUUACCACUGCUCUCAGUGUGGGAAGAGUUUCAGGCAUUUAACAACUCUGAAGAUGCACCAGAUGAGAAGCUUUUCCACUGCUGUUAAUGUGGGAAGAGUUUUAAAUGCCUAAAAGAACAUCAGAAGAUGUUGCCCAACACCUUUAUAAUGAUGUUGCCAAGCUGGGCAUCUAACCAAUAUUGAUGACCUUUAUAAUGAUGUUGCCAAGCUGGGCAUC